GGGGGUAGGUAAGGUUUUAAUGAGACUCCAUUGGGCUGUAAUCAGUGUCAUGUCGGAUUCACGUUAACUACAACAGGGUGAAACAAAAUGGCGGCGGCUUAGAAUGAAGCUAAGAUUGUGCAACUAUUUUUGCUGAAGCCUAGCUUUUGAUUUAAACACAGGCCAACCAUUGAAAAGAGAUGUCUUUUCUUGUACUGCAAGGAUCCAGGCACCUAAUUUAUGGACCCAUGCCUGCGCUGCUGCAAGAAUUAUGUGGGUGGGUCCUUCAUUGUCUCACCUUAAAGGGAGCUAUCUACUGACUACCUGAAUGGAGCUCGCAGACCCCUGGUGGUCCGUGAACUAUGGUUUGAGAACCUCUGGUCUAGAGCCAUUUAAAUUCAUCAGUAACUGGCCACUCUUCCACUAUUUACUGCCCAGCAGGAUUACCACAUGAGACCUGAUCUGGAGUUGAAACUUAAAGAGAGAAGAAAAAUAUUUUUCUGGAGAAUUGGAGAAUCAUCUACUUGUCAAGAGAACAGUCAGUUUAAAUGUUGAGUUCUAUUCCAUGUGGUGCUUUUAUCUUCCCUAAUAAGGAUGUACCUGUACCACCAGGAACAGUCUUUCUAGACUUCCAAGUUGAUAAAAUAAUAAGGAAUUUCAGUCAGCACGUGUUUCUGUGUCUCUUCUGAUUCCUGAAGGAUGGAUAUUUCUGAGAAACUGCAAAACAGCAUGUGGAACCCUGAUUGUUUUAGAGUUGUGAAUAACCUUGGAAAGAUUUGUUAAAAGAAUAAAGAGGAACCUCUAUGGGUAACUUUUGGCUGGAAGAUAUUAUUGGUCAACCAUGGUAAAACUUGCAAACCCACUUUAUACAGAGUGGAUUCUUGAGGCUAUACAAAAGGUUAAAAAGCAAAAGCAAAGGCCAUCUGAAGAAAGAAUUUGUCAUGCUGUGUGCGCUUCACAUGGAUUAGAUAAGAAAACUGUUUCGGAACAGUUGGAACUAAGUGUUCAAGAUGGCUCUAUUCUUAAAGUUACAAACAAAGGCCUUGCAUCCUACAAGGACCCAGAUAAUCCUGGGCGUUUUUCGUCUGUUAAACCUGGCACUCUUCCUAAAUCUGUUAAGGGAUCUAGAGGAGCCUCUAAUGAGCUUCGUAAUGUGGAUUGGAAUAAACUAUUGAGAAGAGCAAUCGAAGGGCUUCAGGAACCAAAUGGCUCCUCUCUGAAAAACAUAGAGAAAUAUUUGAGAAGUCAAAAUGACCUAGCAAGUAUUUUCAACAACCCUGUCUUUCAGCAGAGAUUACGGCUGGGGGCCAAGCGUGCUGUAAAUAAUGGGAGGUUAUUAAAGGAUGGACCUCAAUAUAGAGUGAAUUAUGGUAAUUUGGACAGUAAAGGAACUCCAAAAUAUUCCAGUGCUUUCCCAGCUUCUCUUCCUCCCGUAAGCCUUCUGCCCCAUGAAAAAGACCAGCCACGAGCUGAUCCCAUUCCAAUAUGUAGUUUCUGUUUGGGGACUAAAGAAUCAAAUCGUGAAAAAAAACCAGAAGAACUGCUCUCCUGCGCAGACUGUGGCAGCAGCGGGCAUCCAUCAUGUCUGAAAUUUUGUCCUGAGCUAACAACAAAUGUAAAGGCCUUAAGAUGGCAGUGUAUCGAAUGCAAGACAUGCAGUGCAUGUAGAAUCCAAGGCAAAAAUGCAGAUAACAUGCUCUUCUGUGAUUCUUGUGAUAGAGGGUUCCACAUGGAAUGCUGUGACCCACCACUUUCCCGAAUGCCUAAAGGGAUGUGGAUUUGCCAGGUCUGCAGACCAAAGAAGAAGGGAAGAAAACUACUUCAUGAGAAAGCUGCGCAAAUAAGACGACGAUAUGCAAAACCUAUUGGACGGCCGAAAAAUAAACUAAAGCAACGAAUGUUGUCUGUAACCAGUGAUGAAGGAUCCAUGAAUGCAUUCACAGGAAGGGGGUCACCUGGUAGGGGUCAAAAGACUAAAGUCUGUACCACACCUUCAUCUGGUCAUGCUGCAUCUGUGAAGGAUUCAAGCAGCAGAUUGCCUGUUACAGACCCCACUCGGCCUGGUGCCACCACCAAAAUCACCACCACCUCCACCUACAUAUCUGCCUCUACACUUAAAGUUAACAAGAAAACCAAAGGGCUCAUUGAUGGCCUUACUAAGUUUUUUACACCAUCACCCGAUGGUCGCAGAUCACGAGGUGAAAUAAUAGACUUUUCAAAGCACUAUCGUCCAAGGAAAAAGGUCUCUCAGAAACAGUCAUGCACUUCUCAUGUGUUGGCUACAGGUACCACACAAAAGCUAAAACCUCCACCUUCUUCACUUCCACCCCAAACUCCCAUCUCUGGUCAGAGCCCCAGUUCACAAAAAUCCUGCACUUCCACCUCUUCUAACUCUCCCCAAAGUUCUUCUAGUCAGUCAAGUGCACCCUCCUUUAGCAGCCUUCCUAAUAACAGUCAGCUAAAGGGACUCUUUGAUGGACUUUCUCAUAUUUAUACCACCCAGGGACAGUCUCGAAAAAAGGGACACCCGAGUUAUGCACCACCUAAGCGUAUGCGUCGUAAACCAGAGUUAUCUUCCACAUCAAAAUCUAAUACCCAUUUCUAUGGAAAGAAAGAGAUUAGAAGUAGGUUUAUUUCUCAUUCCUCCACAUCUGGAUGGGGUGUGUCUAGAGGACAUGCUUUUAAAGCAAUUGCUCACUUCAAGCGAACAACUUUCCUUAAAAAGCACAGGAUUCUAGGCAGAUUAAAGUAUAAAGUGACCCCUCAGAUGGGGACCCCCUCACCAGGGAAGGGGAGCUUGGCAGACGGAAGGAUUAAACCUGAUCAGGAUGAUGAUACAGAAAUCAAAAUAAGCAUCAAACAAGAAAAUACAGAUGUAAUUCUGGUGGGGAGCAAGGAAAUUGUUACAGAGGAGGAUGUGGAAGUUUUUAAGCAGGCUCGGGAACUUUCUCUGGAGAAAAUUGGAUGUAAAAACAGCAGUGAAACAAAUAGCCGGUACCCUUCAGUGAUAGAAUUUGGGAAGUAUGAGAUCCAGACCUGGUACUCUUCACCUUAUCCACAGGAAUAUGCAAGACUAUCAAAGCUUUACCUGUGUGAAUUCUGUCUUAAAUAUAUGAAAAGUAAAAACAUUUUGCUAAGACACUCAAAGAAGUGUGGUUGGUUCCAUCCUCCAGCCAAUGAAAUCUACAGAAGAAAUGAUCUUUCAGUAUUUGAGGUUGAUGGAAAUGUGAGCAAAAUUUAUUGCCAAAAUCUUUGCUUGUUAGCCAAGCUCUUUCUGGACCACAAAACGUUGUAUUAUGAUGUUGAGCCAUUCCUUUUCUAUGUUCUUACAAAAAAUGAUGAAAAAGGCUGUCACUUAGUUGGAUAUUUCUCUAAGGAAAAGCUUUGCCAGCAGAAGUACAAUGUCUCAUGCAUAAUGAUCAUGCCUCAAUAUCAAAGGCAAGGAUUUGGAAGGUUUCUCAUUGAUUUCAGUUAUUUACUUUCUAGAAGAGAGGGACAAGCAGGGUCUCCUGAAAAGCCGCUGUCUGAUCUGGGUCGUCUCUCAUACUUGGCCUACUGGAAAAGUGUCAUAUUAGAAUACCUUUAUUGCCAUCAUGAAAAACAUAUCAGCAUCAAGGGAAUGAGCCGAGCCACCGGAAUGUGUCCACAUGAUAUUGCCACAACCCUGCAACAGCACAGCAUGAUAGACAGGAGGGAAGACAGAUUUGUAAUAAUUAGAAGGGAAAAACUGAUCUCAAGCCACAUGGAGAAACUGAAAGCUAAUCCACGUGUCAAUGAAGUAGACCCUGAAAGUUUGAGAUGGACUCCACUGCUUGUUUCUAAUGCUGCGGUUUCUGAAGAAGAGAGGGAAGCUGAAAAAGAGGCUGAGCGUUUGAUGGAACAGGCUAGCUGCUGGGAAAAGGAAGAGCAAGAAAUAUUCUCCACAAGAACUAAUAGUAGGGAAUCACCUGCAAAAGUACAAUCUAAAAAUAAAUACUUGCGAUCUCCAGAGAGUGUGGCAGUGGUUGGAGAGCGAGGGCAAUCCACAGAGCAAUCUAAAGAAAGCAGUGAGGAUGAUGAAGGGGAUGGGAAUCAUCAAAAUUCACCUCCACGGCUGACCAAACCACAAUCACUGGCCAUAAAAAGAAAGAGACCUUUCAUCUUGAAAAAGAAAAGGGGUCGUAAACGCAGAAGGAUUAAUAGUAGCGUUACAACAGAGACAAUUUCUGAAACCACAGAGGUGUUGAAUGAGCCCUUUGAUCACUCGGAUGAAGAGCGACCCAUGCCACAGCUGGAACCUACUUGUGAGAUAGAUGGGGAAGGUGAUAAUUUAAAGCCUGUGAUCAGAAAAGUAUUCCAGUAUCAACCUGGUAGGCAGAACCAGGAGGAAGAAGAGGACAAAGAGGAGAAGGACAAUCAUUAUAAAAAUGAUGUUCAGUGUAGAAACAACACAGAGGAUGUAGCUGUCUUGGAAGAAAGCACUAAAGACAAUCCUGAACCUUUGAGGUGUAAACAAGGCUGGCCCAAAGGACUGAAGCGUGGUGCAUCUAAGUGGCGGCAGAACAAAGAAAGAAAGCCUGGUUUUAAACUUAAUUUAUACACUCCACCUGAGACUCCUAUGGAGCCUGACUGCCAGAUAAUAGUAGAGGAACAGAAGCAAGUAUCUGAAGUCAAGCCCAGCCAAGUUCCUGCUAUUGCAGAGGAGGAGAUUAAAGAGCCUGUUAAGAAUUUGCAGCCUCAAGAUGAGGUAAAAGAGCUGGAAUCUGAGCUUCUAAACCCACCCAGUGAACCCUUUGAAAUCAUAGAAAAUGAUCUAAUGAAAGUAGAGGAAGAAGAAAAAAAUGUAGAGGAAGAUGUUGCCAGUGCAAAAAAUCAAGAUAAAGAUCCACAGAAGGAAACGUGUGCGCAAAAAGAUGAACCUGAGCAUUUGGAUGAUCAUGAAGAGGAAGAGGAAGAAGAGGAAGAACCAUCUCACAAUGAGGAUCAUGAUGCAGAUGAUGAAGAUGAUAGCCAUAUGGGUUCAACAGAAGUGGAGAAAGAGGAGUUACCAGGAGAAGCCUUCAAAGAAGUGCUAGAGAACCAGGAGUCUUUUUUAGACUUAAAUGUACAAACUGGUAAUUCAAAUCAAGAGGACUUAAUGGACUGUGGUGUUGACCUUGCAGCUGAGUGUGAAGGUGACCAUAAAGAGCUUACUGAAGAUUCAGGGCCUGUGCCUGAAUCUGAUGAUGAUCAUACAGAUAAUAAUCAGGACCAAAAGGAGAGUGAAGAGUUAAAUUCUGAUUUCAAGGAAGAAAAUACUGAAACCAUGGAGAUUGAUUCAGAGACAGUACAAGCAGUCCAAUCUCUAACCCAGGAAACAAGUGAACAGGAAGAUGCGUUUCAGGACUGUUCAGAGACGCAAGAGGCAUGUAGAAGCCUGCAGAAUUAUACUCAUACUGACCAAAGUCCACAAAUGACCACACUGGAUGAUUGCCAACAAUCUGACCACAGUAGCCCAGUUUCAUCUGUCCAUUCUCAUCCUAGCCAGUCAGUUCGUUCUGUUAAUAGUCCAAACGUUCCUCCAUUAGAGAACAGUUAUGCUCAAAUCAGCCCAGAUCGAAGUGCCAUCUCUGUGCCAUCUUUACAGAACAUGGAGACCAGCCCAAUGAUGGAUGUCCCAUCAGUUUCUGAUCAUUCACAACAAGUUGUGGAUAGUGGGUUUAGUGAUCUAGGAAGCAUCGAGAGCACAACGGAAAACUAUGAAAACCCAAGCAGUUACGAUUCUACAAUGGGAAGUAGUAUCUGUGGAAACAACUCUUCCCAAAACAGUUGCUCAUAUAGCAACCUUACAUCUAGUAACCUAACACAGAGUAGCUGUGCAGUGACGCAGCAAAUGUCUAAUAUUAAUGGAAGCUGCAGUAUGAUGCAACAAACCAACAUCAAUUCUCCUCCUACCUGUAAUGUAAAAUCUCCUCAAGGCUGUGUUGUUGAGAGGCCACCAAGCAACAACCAACAGUUAUCUCAGUGCAGCAUGGCUGCUAAUUUUACACCACCUAUGCAGUUAACUGAAAUCCCAGAGACUGGCAAUGCCAACAUUGGCCUAUAUGAAAGAAUGGGUCAGAGUGAAUUUGGAGCAGGUCAUUACCCACAGCCAUCUGCCACCUUUAGCCUUGCCAAACUGCAACAAUUAACUAACACACUUAUGGAUCAUUCAUUGCCUUACAGCCAUUCAGCUGCUGUAACUUCCUAUGCAAACAGUGCCUCUUUGUCCACACCCUUAAGUAACACAGGGCUUGUUCAGCUUUCUCAGUCUCCACACACUGUUCCUGGCGGACCCCAAGCACAGGCUACUAUGACCCCGCCCCCUAAUCUUACUCCACCUCCCAUGAAUUUACCUCCUCCCCUUUUGCAACGUAACAUGGCAGCAUCAAAUAUUGGAAUAUCCCAUACCCAAAGACUGCAAACUCAGAUGGCCGGCAAAGGCCACGUGUCUGUGAGAACCAAAUCAGCCCCUUUGCCCUCAGCUGCAGCAGCCCAUCAGUCACAAAUCUAUGGGCGUGCUUCACAGACUGUGGCUAUGCAAGGACCCGCACGGACCUUAACGAUGCAACGCGGUAUGAAUAUGAGUGUAAAUUUGAUGCCAGCCCCCGCUUAUAAUGUCAAUUCAGUGAACAUGAAUAUGAACACCCUUAAUGCUAUGAAUGGAUAUAGUAUGUCCCAGCCCAUGAUGAACAGUGGAUAUCAUAGUAACCACGGAUAUAUGAAUCAAACACCCCAGUACCCUAUGCAGAUGCAGAUGGGAAUGAUGGGAACUCAGCCAUAUGCACAGCAACCAAUGCAGACAACACCACACAGUAACAUGAUGUACACUCCUCCAGGGCAUCAUGGCUACAUGAAUACUGGCAUGUCUAAACAGUCUCUUAAUGGAUCCUACAUGAGAAGGUAGGCUCUUUGGAGAGUCAGAUUACCAAACUGGCGUAUUGGAUUGAUCUGCACAAAUAGGAGAGUACGAUUUCAAAACCAGCAAUCGGUGUGAAUGCAAAAACAUUUAUUGGCACCAUGUUAAAAGCUGUAUGCAGCAGAAAGCCUUAUACAAGUUUUCUUUUCUUUUCUUUUUCUUUUUCUUUUUUUUUUUUUUGGACCUCUCUUUUUUGUUUUUGUUUUAGGGGG